AUGGCCGACAUGAGCGGCGAGCAAAUGCAGGCCAAGAUCACCGCCGCCAGACGCGAAGCUGAAGGGCUUAAGGAUAAGAUCAGGCGCAGAAAGGAUGAUUUGGCCGACACAACCCUGCGUGAUGUCGCGCAGAACCAGACCGACGCAUUGCCUCGCAUUGGUAUGAAGCCGCGGCGAACACUCAAAGGUCAUCUGGCCAAAAUCUAUGCUAUGCACUGGUCAACCGAUCGUCGCCAUCUCGUCUCCGCCUCGCAAGAUGGAAAGCUCAUCAUCUGGGAUGCGUACACCACGAACAAGGUCCACGCCAUCCCGCUGAGGUCAUCAUGGGUUAUGACCUGCGCUUAUGCCCCUAGUGGGAAUUAUGUCGCUUGCGGUGGCUUGGACAACAUCUGCUCCAUCUACAACCUUUCCUCGCGGGAGGGUCCGACCCGGGUCGCGCGCGAACUCUCUGGACAUUCGGGCUACCUGUCCUGCUGUCGGUUUAUCAAUGACCGCCGAAUUAUUACCUCUUCUGGCGACAUGACCUGCAUGCUCUGGGAUAUCGAGUCAGGUUCUAAAGUCACCGAAUUUGCAGACCACCUUGGCGACGUGAUGUCUAUCAGUAUCAACCCUACGAACCAGAAUAUUUUCGUGUCGGGUGCCUGCGAUGCAUUCGCCAAGCUUUGGGAUAUUCGUACUGGCAAGGCUGUUCAGACUUUUGCCGGCCACGAAUCCGACAUCAAUGCCAUUCAAUUCUUCCCCGACGGAAACGCUUUUGGCACAGGUUCCGAUGACACCUCUUGCCGUCUUUUCGACAUUCGUGCAGAUAGAUCACUCAACAUAUACCAGAGCGAUCAAAUAUUGUGCGGUAUCACAUCUGUUGGUUUCUCUGUUUCUGGAAGAUUGCUUUUCGCUGGAUACGAUGACUUCGAAUGCAAGGUCUGGGAUGUUCUCCGGGGAGACAAAGUUGGGUCUUUAAGCGGUCACGAGAACCGUGUCAGCUGUCUUGGUGUCAGCAACGAUGGCAUCAGUCUCUGCACUGGAUCUUGGGACUCUCUGCUCAAGGUCUGGGCCUGGUAA